AUGCGUGGUAGUUUCUACCUACCACCAUUCGAUCCUGAUGUACGCUCUCAUGACAUCCGUGAUUGGUGUGCAAAUGUUGAUGAGACGAUUGCGGCUUUCCAUAUACCACCGCAAGAAGCAAGGAUGAAGGCUAUCCUUCAACUAAAAGGUAGGGCCAAGAUUUGGGCAGACACGUGGUCGCUUCAAUCAACCACGUGGCAGCAAGUCAAAGAAGACCUCAUUCGAACUUUCGGCAAGGAGUUUCGAUAUGUUGACAACCUACAAAAAUGGCGCGGCUACACCUCCGAGCAAGCUGACAAUUACGCGGAAUACGCUACGACAGGCUGGACGCUGUUCAAACGUGUGAGACCAGAAGCUACGGACCCUGAGGUUAUCGAUGCCUUGAUAACAGGUAUUUAUCCCGAAUUUAUUAAAUCAGAGUUGCUAAGAAAUACGCCUGAUUCCUUACCUAAGCUAGUUUCUGUAAUAAAGAGCUGA